AUGGGGGCUAUGAAGUGUCACCGGCUGAUUUCGUCUCUGGAGUACCUCUCACAGGAAACCUCACAGCGACAGACCAGUGGCAGGGAUGAACAAUCAACUCAGCAAGCGUCAUGUCCAAGACAUGGUGAGCCAUUCUGCUUGUACUGUGUACGGUGCCGGCUGGUGAUCUGUAUGGGGUGUGUGGUUGACCAUCCGGAACAUGCUGUGCGGGAUAUCCCAUCUGCAGCGCAGAAUGCCAAGGAAACCCAGGAACUUCACACUCAAGAGGUUGAAAGGGUUUAUUGUGCAGCCUUGGAAGCCUUACAAGCCUGGAAACAACAGUCCUUAGAUGGCAUAAAAACCCGCUAUUCACAGUGGAGUGUGGAGUGUAGCGCUAUACUCAAACAUUUCCAGCUACAGGCCCAGGAAAUGGAGAGGAUGGUACAGGCUUCCAAAGAUUUAUUAGCCUCAAAGGACGUCGAGUUUUUACAGGGUUCCACGGACUUCACCAAAACAAUUGAUGACCAGCUGAAUGAGAUAAGAGCAGAUCUGGAGAAACAUGAAGUUAGCAGACAGAAGCUUCUAGAUUCUGUACAGCAUGACCACGUUGUCCCUAGACAGGUGACUGUGAAAGAGACAGUGGAAGAACAUCAGGUCUUAGAAGCAGCGGUCGGCGGGCAACCCAUAUGUGUUACAAAGCCGACGCUGAGAUUCACAGAGACAGACGACAGUGAGCUGAGAAUCACUGACAGCGGCUGUGUGGUAAAGGGAGAGGGCUUGUCCCGGGAGUUGAGGUGGAGGAGAGCUGUGACAGACGGGCGUUACCAGACGGGCAGGUACUACUGGGAGAUACACAUCACCUGUUCACCUGGCUGUUCCUGUCUUGUAGGAGUGACACAGGAGAGCUGUGAUGUGAGUGAGGAGACAAAACCUGGCCGUAACUCCUGGUACAUUGUGAUGGUGUACCGUGGUGAUGAGGUCAGGUGUUGUAGUCACCGUGGUGGUGGUGAGAUCAAACCUGGCUAUCUACAGGUCAGACCUUACACACGCCCUCAUCACCUGGGUGUGUACCUGGACUGUGAUGACCACACACUGACAGUCCUGGACUGUGACAACAACCAGGUAAUGUACACUGUCAGUGAUGUUAUCGUCACAGAGCCUCUCGUGCCAUCGGUUGAGUUUUGUGUCUUGUCUGGACCUGUGUCUGUGUCUGCUCGUCUGGUAACGGGUGACUCUGCAACUCUGCCUCAAGUUCUCCGUGAUAUGAUAAGCACUUCCUGACCAUCGGGUAAUUAUUCAUUACAUCUUUUCCAUCAUAUUAUAAUUUGUUGAAAUACACUGUUUUGUUAAGUCUUUUUUGAAAAAAGAAAGAAAAAAAAAUGACCAGUUUGUAGAUGUUUUAGUUAAUGU